UUGACGGUAUUCAAAUGUUUUUCCUGAAUUUCGAAUAAUAUUCCGCUGUUCGAACGCCAUUUGUUGUUCGAAACUGAAUAGAACUCAGGAGAAUAAAAAGUAUUACAGAUUCUUGAUUAAACUUUCUUUUGAAACAGCGAUUGAUAAGGUCCUCGAGAAAUAAUGGCUGGAGUACAUAGAUUAACAUUAAGCUCCUUGCAACCAGAAAUAAAAAAUUCCUUAAUCAUUGGUAUAAUAAUCAAUAAGCAGGAAGUAAAGAUAUUCCAAGCGAAAAAUACGAGCUUCAGUACAGGGGAAAGAGGCGUGUGGAACUUCACCCUAAGAGAUUCCGUCAUAGAUUUUGCCAAUGUGACAGUAUGGGGAAGCAAAGAGUACAUCGAAGGAUUGUAUGCAAAUUUUCGUAUAGGACAAGUCGUUGAAUUGGUUAAUCCAAAAAUUAGCCUGCGUCGGGAUAACGACAAGGGAGAAAUGUUUGUUCCAUCUGUCUCGUCUCAAUUCAAUAUUACCCUGAAUCAAGGAACUUCGGAUAUGCACAUCCACAAUUCCCCGGAUCGGGCUAAAUAUGUUAGUUUGCUUGCCCUACCAACAAAAAAUCUCAAUCAAAUACAGUCCUUGGAUGCUGUUAUGAAGAAUAUUGAACAAAUGAAAGAUGAGCAUGUCGAUAUCAUGGUCGUUCUCAUGUCGAUGACUCCAAUGCGCCAGUUAACAACAAAAGAUGGAAGAGAUACAGUGUGUCGUGAUAUUGAUGUAAACGAUGGUUCUGUCGAGGCUGCAGUGAACCUACGUAUUUGGGGAAUUGACUGGGUAGAGAAGGCAGAAUUCUGGCAAACCCGCCACACUGUCCUACUCCUAGCAGAUGUCCUUAUUACUUUCAACACGUUCAAGAAAAAGAUGGCUUUAACAAUCGGAAGGAAAACUUUGAUCACGGAAAAUCCCAAUGUCCCUCAAGCUCAAAUCGUCAGGGCUGCGACUCGUCAUUUACCUGAACAACCUCUGAUAUCUGGAACAUCAGAAACUAGCCCAAAUAGUGUCACCAACUUGAUGACUGUGCGACAGAUUUGUGAGAAAGUGGAACAAAGCGAAUCUAAUUUUGAACAAGUGCCGUUCACAGCUCUUGUUCAUGUAGUCAUUAACCAGAUGAAUUUUGAGCAUAAAUCUAUUGUAUCAACAAAGUGCGCUCUGUGUAAAAAAUGGGUACAUCCUGAUAAGGAGUCUUGCUUGAAUCCCAACUGUCCAUGCGGCAAUGGGACACGAACGCCUGAAAAUGUGUCCCAUUUCAAUUUGAAGUUGAACGUAAGCGAUCAUACCGGGCACCUCGUUGGUUGUCGAUUAGUUGGUGUUGCUGCUGAGGAUUUUCUCAAGUGCACAGUUCAAGAUUUCAAGGCAAUGGCUUUGAAAGAGCGGGAGGAACUGAAGUGGCGGUGUCUGCUCGAAAAGUGCAGCAUUGUUCUACAAAUUGUUGGCCCGACAGCUUCAUGGCCUUCACCUGUAUACAAUGUCCUAUCAGUGAAACGGCUUGAAGAAAAUAUGCAGCCUGGUGAGACUGCAAGCAGCAGCGGAUUAUAUUCUUAAACAGAGAGUGCAAAAAACUUGUUCAUUAAUAACAAACUU